CUCAAACUCUACCAUUUUUCAUCUCCAAAUUGAGGGUUUGGAGGUGAUUCAUUUGGUAGGGCUGGUCUCAGUGUUUUUUGUUUGAGGCCUGUGUCCUAAUCUCUUGCACAUAUUAACUAUUACAUGGCUCCUGUUUCAUUGCCACCCGGUUUCCGAUUCCACCCGACCGACGAGGAACUCGUUGCAUACUACCUCAAACGCAAGAUCAAUGGCCGCGAGAUUGAGCUCGAGAUCAUCCCUGAAGUUGAUCUUUACAAAUGUGAGCCAUGGGAUUUGCCAGGAAAGUCAUUGCUGCCAAGCAAGGAUCUUGAGUGGUACUUCUUCAGCCCUCGUGAUAGAAAGUACCCAAAUGGGUCAAGAACCAAUAGAGCAACCAAAGCUGGGUAUUGGAAAGCCACAGGGAAAGACAGAAAAGUGAAUUCCCAAUCAAGGCCUGUGGGGAUGAAGAAAACCCUAGUUUACUACCGCGGCCGAGCCCCCCACGGUGCCCGCACCGACUGGGUCAUGCACGAGUAUCGUCUCGAUGACCGGGAAUGUGAAGCCGCUUCAAAUGGCUUGCAGGAUGCGUAUGCGCUUUGUCGCGUGUUCAAGAAGAGUCCGACUACAAUCGCCCCGAAAAUAGAAGACAAUCAGCAGUAUUGCAAUAUUACUUCAUCCUCUAACCAGUUCCUUAAUAGUGACCAAUCUUCUGAGCUUUACUCUGAAGGAAGAUGUGAAGAACCAGAGAGUUCAAAUUAUUCAAUGCCAUUUGAUGGGUUCCAAUCCCAUAUGGUUAACAAGGAUUGUUCAUUUGACAUGUUUGGUGGAAGAAGAGAAGGAAAAUGGUCUCGGUUUUUAUCUCAAGAAGCUUCUAAUUCAGCCCCUUCUUUCCAAAGUUAUGCAAAUAUUCCAUACCCUCCUUCCAAGGUGGACAUAGCCUUAGAAUGUGCAAGGUUACAACACCGUUUCACUUUGCCACCGUUGGAGGUGGAGGACUUCCCUCACUCCGGCUACUCCGACCACUUCAAAACGCCGCAACCGGUGAACCCCGCCAUGCUCGGCGGUGGAAGCGAGACGUCGACCGACAUAUUGCAGGAGAUUCUUUCAGUGGCUCAGGCCUCUCAUGAGCUAGCGAACCAAUCUUGUGUAGUUGAAGCAGAAACAUGGGAUGGAGGGCUUGCCAAUGUUUAUACUUGUUCUAAUAAUAAUGACGACUUCACUUUCAUGGCUCCCAAAGAUUGCUUCCAAGAUUGGAGCUCUGUUGGAAGAUUCGAUGUGGAGAGCUCGUGGGAAGAUCCCUAUUCUAAGUGUAUAGACGUCGGAGAUGCGGAUGGCGCUAUCGGGGUUGAGAACUUGAGAUGGGUCGGGAUGUCUAACCAAGUCCUCGAUGAGAGUUGCAUGGAAGACUCCAAGCUAGUUCCCAUAGAGAACAUUUCAAGCUUCCAAAUGGAAGAUCAAAACCAGCUUCAAGAAGAUCAAAAUAGUCAAAUGAACGACGACUUUGCACUCUCAUUCAUAAAUGACGACGAUCGAGACCAUAUCAACUUUGACAUGGAAGGAUCAAACAAUACAAUAGCCCACUAUUCAAGCUCUCCAAGCUUCGAGGUCGUGGAAGAAAUCAAGGUCAACCACGGCCUCUUCAUCUCGACCCGACAAGUCGCGGAGACCUUCUUCCACCAAACAAUGCCUUCAGAGACAGUUAAAGUCCACAGCUUGAACUCUUUCACGGCCCCAAAUUUAAUUAGUUUCCACGAAAGGACAUCUGAAAGAAAAGUCUCUUUCUUCAAUGGGUCAUCGCUGAAGAAGCCAUGGAAUAACUUCCAAAGAAAAAUUGUCUCAAUUCUUGAGCUUCUGCUGAUCUUCACAGUGUAUUCACAAGAAGAAGAAGAAAAAGAAGAAGAAAAUGGAGAAAAAUUGCUAAGUGAAGAUGGGGAAUGGAAUAAAUCAAAGGUGAAUGGGGGAGCCUUCAACUUGAUUUUGAAGAACACAGUGAUUUUCUUUAGCAUUGCUUCAUUGGCUCUUUGUACUAUUUGGGUUAAUUAUAAUUGAUUUUUUCUUUUUUCUUUACAUUUUUUUUUCAAUCUUUCUGUGACUUAAAGUUUACAGUUAAUAUACGAAUAAUAAUAUAUGUAAGUGGGGAGGGCAAGAACUUAGCUUUUCUCUCAACAUU